GUAACGGAAAAAGAAAAACAAGUAACGAGUUGUGCUACUCAAGGUCCCACAGCCCACAAGUCCUUGGAGAAAGAACAUACAUUCUUUCAGCUAUGUUUUUCGAGGGUUUACGUACUUUUCCCUAUACAUAGGGGGAAAUAAUUAAAGAAAUUGGACUUACCUUCCUUGUACUAUCCAGCUCGAAAUCACUCGAACGACAUCAGUUACCACUGAACUGCAGAUAAAAACAACACCUUUUCGAGAUGCAGUCACGUCCAACUGUCGGAAACGUUUGCUGGACGGUUCCGUCUAUAUGAGGUAACUAAACAAACGAUUGCAUUACAGUUAAGUUAGCCAAGACGAUGAAUUAUGUUUCGUACCUGAAUAUGCACAUCAAGCAUUAUUAUCAACGUUUGGCAAACAUUUCAACGAGUCCUGAUUUUUGUGUUUGAUAAAUAAUUUUUCAAUCGACUAACAGAAUUGUGAUUUGGUACAACUGCAUUUAUGCAGUGUUAAAAAAAAUAUUAGAUGGAUGGCCAAUAAAAUAAAAACUAUUAAAUCGUUGCAAUGCAGUCUGCUUCGGCUUAGCAACAAACGGAGAGGUAGAAAUAAACCAAUUAGCCUACGUUCAAGACUCAAAAUAGCUUGGUGCAUAGGAAAACUGUGCUAUAGCCAUCAAUUUCAAUAAAUAAUUUGAUAGUCAUCAAAAUUCGACACUCAUCAAUAUGUAGUCUCUUGCAGAUCCCUGUCUAUUUCCUAUUUGUUCGUCCUAGUGACCUGUAUUCCAAUUCAUGCCCGCCAAAAAUAAGGUCAACGAGAAACUAUUACCUGCGGAUAUUAUAUGUAAAUUCUUCAUUCGUUCUCUUAACUAAGGCUGUGAGACAAAUCCAACUUUCAAUGUUUGGCCUACCUUUGGGGCACUACCAUUGAAUGCAUGCAAUUGCAAAUGCAGAAGCUGAAAUAUCGGGUUUCGAAAGUAACCAGUUUUUACUACAACACUCGGGUUUUGAAAUUUAAGUUAACACAUUUCUUAAGUUGCAUGUCAAGAAAUUCAAUCGUAGUAUUGGUUAAAUGACACCUGCUGGUCUGAUGAAUCAGUGAUUAGUUGACGUGCUAAGUCAAACGCCGAUGGAAGUGGCUUUUCGGGCUUUGCAAACGCUUUUAUACUUUGGCAUACAAUUGUUAAAUUUUUAAUUGCUUCCCACACAACCAUUGACGUUAAUAGGAGGAAACGAAAAAACGAAAAAUAAGAAAAAAACCUGCUUCAAAAGUUUUACUAUAGGAUUGAGAAGGACAUUACGAUGAGGCUAGUGAUAAUCGUAACGUUACUGACAACAGUUAACUCAGAAAAAGGAACGGAAAAUGACGUUGCGACAGACUUCAACUCCGAGAAGUCUACCAAUUGCAUGUCGUAUCGGUACAUUCCAUGCCAUAAAAGUGUGAACAGAACCACUUUUCUCGAAGAUGAGCAAACAGGGAAAUUACUUAAGCCACUCGCAAACGAAAGUGUUUCGCUCUGUGUUUCUUAUCGAUACAUUAGAUGUCGAAAGGGUUGGCAGAGUUACACGGUCAUUUUGGAGGACGAAGAGGAACGACUUCGAAGAGAAAAUGCAAAUUAUAUCGAAAAGUUCAAAACAUGUGAAAACGAAAAGAGCAACCACACUAGCCAGGCGGAGACAGCAUCGAGUGGAACACUAGCACUAAUCGAGCAGGUGAAACUAUGUGAAACCGCAAAAGAAGAACUACUUAAGAAACUGAAUGCGAGCGAACAAAAUCAGCUAUUUUUAACGAGAAAAUUCACCGAAGCAAAGAAAAGAAAUCUAACGAUCGAGUCGGAUCCACUAAGUAAAAUCAUAAAUAAUGAACGAAAGCUUUUGUACAGUUAUAUCGCCCCUUCGUUACUAAACAAACCUUAUCCGGGAGUGGAACGUUUUACUCGUUACGAAGGUGCUAGAACAGGGAGGUUGCCAUUGAUGAACGUAGAACGGCUCAUACCGGAAUUCGGACAAGUUAUCAACGAUGUUACUUCUUUCAAUUACCCACUGACAAUCCCUCCGUGCGAGGAUGUCGAACCCAACACUCGUAGCGUUUUCAUCGCAGUGAAUUCGAUAGCUGAUUACGUCAAUGAACGAAACGAAAUCCGCCAAACGUGGCCGAAAAAUGUAAAAGUUGUACAAAACACGGGAUUGCUGGGCAUGAUACGCUACGGCUUCUUCGUAGGAUUGCCGGAAAGCAACGCGACACAAGCCCAAAUUGAGAAAGAAAGUGAAACGUAUGGAGAUAUGAUUCAAGUUGACGUAUCCGAUUCCUACAUCGAUGCUAUGAAAAUGGCAGGCCUACACAGCGGCGGUAGAGUACUUAUUUUACCCUAUUUAAGUAUGUACUGGGCACUGAACAGUACUUUGCAAUUUAAGUAGGGAUUUUUGGGUACUUAAAUCAGGAAAUUCCAUACUUUUA